AUGCGGGCGGCGGUGCUUCGACUGCGGAGUAAAAACACGGCCCCGGGGCUUGACGGCAUCCCCGGGAGAGCCUGGGUGCUAGCCCUCGAGCACCUGGGUCCGAGGCUCCGCAGUUUGUUCUCCGCCUGUUUGGAGCAGGGUGUCUUCCCGGUGCGUUGGAAAACCGGGAAGCUCGUCCUGCUCAAGAAGGAGGGACGGCCCGCAGAGGCUCGGUUUUGGGCCCUCUCCUGUGGAACAUCGGGUAUGACUGGGUGCUCCGUGGUGCCAAUUCUUCGGGGAGUCGGCGUGACAUGUUACGCUGACGACACAUUGAUCACGGCGACAUCUAGGACCUUCCAGGGCGCCGCAAUUUUAGCGGCGGUGGGCACCGGCCACGUU